AUGUCAGAUAGACCCAAGCGCAAGGCCACUGAUGAUCCUCACAGUCCUUCUGUACGUGGUCACUUCAGGCCGCAACCAACGAUAAGAUGGUCAAUCGAGCCCAAUUCGAUUGAAUCAUUCUUACGCGAUAACAGUCGAGACCGCCUAUAUGUUCCUCCAAUAGCCUGGACUUUGAGACAUUUGCGGCUCUUGGGCUGCAGGUUCACUCUGCAGACAAGCAAGAGGAAGGAGCGCCCACACUCGCAAGUUGUGAUAUCGGAUUCGCCCGUUCACGAUCUCCGAAAACCGAAUCUGCCUGCAGACCUCCGUCGUGCGAUGCUGCAGUUUGGAGGGCGAAGGACGUCAGAGGUCAGGAAAACGGCUAUCAAAGAAAUAGUCGGCGCCUAUGGUUUCUCCCGUCUCAGCCACAGCUAUGAAUCUUUGUCUUUCUACUUCCGCCAGCAGCCUGUCGCGAGUGUUUGGACAGAGGGGGUAUUCUCCCGCAAAUCCACUGGUCCAUCUCUCGCCUAUGUCACAUUCGAUGGAAUACAAUCCCGUCGGAGCAAGUUCGUACACAACUCACCGGGAAAGGGAUUCAACGAGCCCGUGUUUAGGACAUGUGAUAAAAAGCUGCGAUCUCUUCAGCCAGAAAAUACUGUCGAAGAUCCAUAUAUAAUGGGAAUCUUAGUCGCGCUUGCCCAAGAGCAGCGGCGACACAGACAGAUAAAUGAGCACGACGGGGAAGAAGCUGCCGAGUGCUCAAUCAUGCAACGUGACGAUGGACACACAACCAACAGCACAUCUUCUGGCACGCCACCUCCUUGCGGUACCGACCGAAGCCCUCAUAACUGUGGCCAGUGUCUCAGGGUCGCCGUCCUUGCCACUUCUGGGGUGAAAGACGAAGGUCUAUACGUCUACACCGCUUCUAUCUCUGUCGCGUUUCUUAGGAAGUUUGACGAACAGUGGCGCUCUUCACCGAGCCCUCCGGUUAUGAUAGAAUACUAUUCUAUACCUCUUAGGUCUCCUACGAAGUCGCUGAACAAGCUGCACCGAGUACUCUGUGCUGAGUCGUGCCGCUUUUGUGUCCGCGAUAGCCCACAAGCUCUUGGCUGA